CCCCGCCCACUUCCGGGGCGCGCUGCCAUGGCGGUGCAGGCGGUGCAUCUGGAGGCAGACGCCUUCCUCGUGUGCCUCAACCACGCGCUGAGCACCGAGAAGGAGGAGGUCAUGGGGCUCUGCAUCGGCGAGGUUGACACCAGCCGCAUCGUCCACAUCCAUUCCGUGAUCAUCCUGCGCCGCUCCGAUAAGCGGAAGGACCGGGUGGAAAUCUCACCAGAGCAGCUUUCGGCGGCUUCUACGGAAGCAGAGAGAUUGGCUGAAAUGACCGGGCGUCCCAUGAGGGUUGUGGGCUGGUAUCACUCUCAUCCUCACAUCACUGUAUGGCCGUCACACGUCGAUGUCCGCACACAAGCCAUGUAUCAGAUGAUGGACCAGGGUUUCGUAGGGCUUAUCUUUUCCUGCUUCAUUGAGGACAAAAACACAAAGACAGGUAGGAUUCUCUACACCUGUUUCCAGUCUGUUCAGGCCCAGAAGAGCUCAGAAUAUGAAAGGAUUGAAAUUCCUAUUCAUGUUGUCCCCCAUGAAACCAUUGGGAAAGUGUGUCUGGAAUCAGCUGUAGAGCUGCCAAAGAUCCUUUGCCAAGAAGAACAAGAUGCCUACAGGAGAAUCCACAGCCUCACCCAUCUUGACUCCGUAACCAAGAUUCAUAAUGGCUCAGUGUUCACAAAGAACCUCUGCAGCCAGAUGUCUGCCAUCAGCGGGCCGCUCCUUCAGUGGCUGGAGGACAGACUGGAGCAGAACAAACAGCGGGUGCAGGAGCUGCAGCAGGAGAAAGAGCAGCUCCUGGAGGAACUGGCUGCUUUAGAGUGAAGGAGGAAAUGCAGAUGAUUCAGAAAAGAGAUAUGAAAAAAACUCCGCAAGAUCUACUGCUGGCUGAAGGGUGGCCCCGCGUUGCCUUACAGCCAAGAUUCUAGCUGUGCCUCUUCCCUUGCCCUGUGCAGCAAAGAGCACUCCGACAGGAUAAGGGCUUUACCUGCCCAGCUUGAUGAAAAGCAGUGGCGUCUCUUCAGGUGCUGCAGUGGUGCAGGGCGGUUCCAGCCUCAGCGAUGGGGUUGGGCAGCACCUGAAGAGACUUCAGUUCUGCAGGGCACGUGCCUAGAGAACACAUAGUUUCUCUCUGCCCUGUGUUUUGACAGAAGUCUUAUUGCUUUACAUGUGUUCCAGGAGCCUAGAACAGGAGAGUUAGAGGGGAAAAGCGUGUCCCUGUAGUGGUAUCUCAUGCUGCCAACUUCUGCCGCCUUUUAGUAGCUUCAGUUGACUGUGAUCUUGCAUCUAGUAAUGUUCUGGAGUACUGGUUAUCCCCCCCCGGCAGGUAAAAAAGGUGGGAGGGAAGCUUGGGAAGAGACCUGGAAGAACUUUGAUGUAGGAGCUCUGUUCAGUGUACUUCAAACAAAAUGAAGAACUCCAAAGGGAGAGCUGUUUGGAGUAGAAAUGAAAUGGAUGCUACAAAGUGCCAGUGCCUGCAUUUUUUUGGAUACAAUCUGUACUCUCUUACUUUGUGCCCACCACUGAGGUUCUCUACAGUAUGGACUGGUUCUGCUGGCUCGGUGGGAGGAGUGUGGUUCCUUCCCAGAGGGAAAAGGUCUCGGUGCUGAGGAGAGAACUGAUAGAUAUGCAAGCCUCUCAUUCUUACAUGCUGAAUGGCAAUGUUGAAACUUCAUUAGACCAAAAUGGAAUGUCCUUGACCUAAUGCUUUAGAUGUUCCUGCACUUCAGUGCCCCAUGACGUAUUAGGGUGGUGCAAAAAUAAUUGCUUGUUUUGCCAUUGUAAACUGUGAUGCUUAUUUUGCGUUAAAUUUACUUGACUGUUUAAGUAGUUAUACCAUUUUAAAGCACAAAAUUUGCUCUCAUUAUUUAUGCAAAUGUGUUUAUUCUUUGUUCUUUUCUAUAUUGUACUGUCAAAGAUACGGGGGGGAAAAAAGCAAAUAUGAGCAAUUUUGUUGUAUGAGUACAAAAGAGGAUGUAAAGCAGCAGAAAUUGCUAGCAGUAUCAACCAAGGGUUUGGAAAGGGGGCCAUCAGCAAACAUCUAGCUCACCAUUUGUUCAAGAUAUUUCAUAAUGGAAACAAGAGCCUUGACAGCAAUGAGAGUGGCUGACAUCCUUCUGCAAUAGAUGACAACCAAUUGAGGGCCAUUAUUGAAGCAGACCCAUGAAAAACAACUUGAGAGGUUGCAGGAGAACUACGUGUUGACAGGUCGGCAGUUGUUUGACAUUCGCACCAGACUGGAAAAAUCAAACAAAGCUUGACAAACAGGUGCUGCAAGAGCAGAACAAAAAUAUUUAAAAUCACCAUUAUCAAAAGUCUGCACACAUGACAAAAAUGAUCCAUUUCUCAAUCCCACUGUGACAUGAUGAAAAAUGGAUUCUAUACAACAACCGUCAGUGUUAGAUCCAGUGGCUGGACUGAGAUGAAACACCUCAGCUGCAUCAAAAGAAAGUUACAGUCACUGUCUGGUGGUUGGCAAGCAGAAUCAUCCACUACAACUUAUUCAAUCCUGGUGAAGCCAUCCUAGCAGAGAAGUGUUGCCAAGAAACGGGCAAAAAAGCCCAAUUUUGUCCAGCAGUGGCCAAUUGAAAAGGCCCAAUUCUCCGUGACAACAGCUGACUGCAGGUCUCGUAAAUUACUGCAGAAGCUGCACAAACCAAGCUAUGGAACUCUUCUUCACCCGGGUGAUUCCCAGACCUCUCUCCCACCAAGUGCCACAUUUUCAAGCAUCUCAGCAAUUUCUGUAAGAGAAGGUUUUCCACAGCCAAACAGCAGUUCAAAAUGCCUUGGAUGAAUUCAUCACUUCCAGAACUCAGAAUUCUAUGCUACCAGAAUAAAUAGAUUUUUUUUCUUGUUGGCAAAAAUGUGUAGAUUCUAAUGGUUCUUAUUUUGAUUCACAAAUUUUGUUCUCAGCUGAGCUGUACUGCUUUAACAUUGAUGGUUAAAAAUGGCAAUUAUUUUUGCACCAACCUAAUACCAUUCAGACUGUACUUGCAGACUCAGACAAAACUCCUCACCCUUUAGGAUGGAAAAGGAGGGGAACAUAAAGGAAAACAUCAUUCCUUUCUUCCCAAAGGGGGUGGGAAGAGGUGCAGGGCCUGGCUGGGGGAGUUCCAGGGGCUGCUCCUCACUGUUCCUGUCCUGCUUGAGUGGCAAAUAAAAGCUGGAAUGUGGAUGGGGCUGA